UAAGUAUCAGAGUUCCUCCUACCAUCAUGGCGGAAAGCAGAAACUUUUUGUAAACUAAGCAACUGGUUUUGAUGACAAAGGAAGGUUCGUUUCGGGCUUUCCUUCUGUGUAACUACUUGCUGGAUUUUUUUUAUCAGCUUCUUUUUAAAGUGACGCAGACCAGCUGUUAUGGCUGACAGAGCGGACAGGAGGAGGCAGCCAGUGGGGCGGAAGAGCCGCCAGAGCCAGCCGAGGAAGAGCUUCAACAGCCGGGUAACUCUGGAAAAGGUUCUUGGCAUUAGCACGGUCAGCAGCAGCUUUUUGACCUCUGACCCUAACUCUGGCCAUAUUGCCUAUCCUGCAGGGUGUGUGGCUGUGCUGCUUCACCCGCAGAAGAACGAGCAGACCCACAUCAUCAACACAUCCAGGAAGCCCUUCACGGCUCUGGACUUCUCCCAUGAUGGAAAACAUCUGGUCACUGGUGAGAGUGGCCACAUGCCCUGCGUUCGGGUCUGGGAGGUUGGCGGAGGUCAGGUGGCUGAGGUCCAGUCCCAUAAGUAUGGAGUUUCCUGCGUGGCGUUCUCUUCCAGCAGCUGCUACGUGGUCUCUGUGGGAUUUCAGCACGACCGGACCGUCAGUGUGUGGGACUGGAGGAAAGGCUCCAUCAUUGCCUCCAACAAGGUGUCCAGCAGAGUCUUCUCCGUCUCCUUCUCCCAGGACAGCAGCUACUUCGUUACUGCAGGAAACCGACACAUAAAGUUUUGGGACUUGGACGCUUCUAAGGAACGACGGGUGAACAGCACGGUGCCACUGAUUGGUCGGUCUGGGUUGCUAGGUGACCAUAAGAACAGUGUGUUCUGUGGAGUGGUGUGUGGGAGGGGCCUAACGGUGAACAACACCUACUGUGUCACCACCUCUGGAGUGUUGUGCCUGUUUAACAGCAGCCGUCAGCUGGAGGCCUGGGUUGACCUGAAGACAUCAGUGGCGAGCAGCCUGGCAGUCAGCGAGGACUUUGUCUUCUGCGGCUGCGCAGAUGGAGUCAUCAGAGUUUUCCGGCCGUCCAACCUGCAGUACAUCGGAAUGCUGCCGCGGCCGCACCGCCUGGGAGUGGACCUGACUCAGAGCACACAGCACAGCAGCCUGCUUCCUGCCGGCUUGGAGCCUCGGCAUCCCGACACUCUGGCUCUGAGCUUUGACCCCAGAGCUCGACGCCUCACCUGUGUUUACACCGACCACAGCGUGUACGUAUGGGACGUCAGAGACGUGAGGAAUGCUGGGAGGCUGUACUCGGCUCUAUAUCACAGCAGUUGCGUGUGGAACAUCCAGGUUUAUCCGGAGCUGCAGGAUCCGUCUCACGCCUGUCUUCCUCCGUCCUCCUUCCUGACCUGUUCCUCUGAUAACACCAUCAGAGUGUGGCACUCUGACGCUCCCAUCAGACAGAGGAACCUGUACAGCCAGGACCUGCUGAAGAUCCUGUAUGUCGGGGAGGACAUGCAGCACCUGCAGCCUGCAGGGGAGAGGGUGGAGGCAGAGAGUCCUGAUGGGAAAGCAGGGAUCAGAGUGCUGGGAAUCAGUCCGGAUGGAAAAUACCUGGCGGCUGGAGAUCGCUGUGGAAACCUAAGGAUCUUUGAUCUCCAGUUCUUGGAAGAGCUGGUGAAGAUUGAAGCUCACAACUCGGAAGUGUUGUGUCUGGAGUUUUCUCCUGCAUCCACAGGAAUGAAGCUGUUGGCUUCAGCCAGCAGGGACCGACUGAUCCACGUCUUCAGCCUUGAGAAGAACUACAGUCUGGAACAGACUCUGAACGACCACUCAGCCUCCAUCACUGCUGUCAAGUUCACAGGUGAGAGCCCAGAGGUCCGGAUGGUGAGCUGUGGAGCCGACAAGAGCAUCUACUUUCAGACUGCAGAGCAGACAGCGGACGGUUUGGUGUUCUCCAGGCGCCACCACGUGGUGGAGAAGACUACACUGUAUGACAUGGACCUGGACCCAACUGGGACUCGCAUCUCCAUCGCCUGUCAAGACAGACAUGUCAGAGUUUACAACGUGGAGACUGGGAAGCUGGAGAAGUGUUUGAAAGGCUCAGCGAGUGAUGAAGGAGCUCUUCUCAAGGUUCAGAUGGAUCCGUCGGGCUCGUUCUUCGCCACCAGCUGCUCCGAUAAGAACAUCACCAUCUUUGACUCGGAGACUGGAGAGUGUGUCGCCACGCUGUUCGGUCACUCAGAGCUGGUCAGCUGCAUGAGGUUCAGUCAGGACUGCAGACACCUGAUCUCAGCGUCAGGAGACAGCUGUGUGUUUGUGUGGCGCCUCGACUCUCAGAUGACCGGCGCCAUGAGGAAGAGGCGGGCCCGCCAAGCGAGCAGAACAGCUGGAACCUGCAGCCUCAGGCAGCCGAACAUCAGAAGAGAGACCUUCAUCAGCGUUCCUUCAUCCCAGCUGCCUCUGAUGGAGUCAGAGGAGCAGAAAGAAGCGGAUCACAGGACUCCGGGAAAACUGGACGACGCUCCUGUGACUCCGCUGCUUCAGACCAACGGAAAGAUGCCCAUGUGGUUCCGAAAGCUGGCUGAAGCUGAGGCUACCUCAGUCAUCCAAUCAGCAGCAGAGCCUCCGCAGGUACGCAACCGGUGGGCGGAGCCUCAGAACCCACUGACUAUCUGCUCCAGCUUUUCCCCAAGUCCCAGCAGGAGCCAGGAGGAGCAGAGGGAGGAAGAGGAGGAAGACUUUCAGCCUCAGAGUCUGGACAGCCUGCUGGGAGACGAGGAGGUUGAGGGGGAGGAAGAGGAGGUGCUGCAGACGGCGGGUCAGAACAGCACCUUCAUCCUCCGCCCAGAUUGUAGCGCCACCUUUUCUGACAGAGACUUCAGAGUGGAGGGUGUGACCGAUCCUGUGCUGGAGGUCAGAGGUCAGGGAGCGGAGCCUAUGUGGAGGACACACCAGAGUCCGGACUCGGCGUGCUCAGAAGGUUCAAUGGGAAGUCUGGAGCAGCAGCAGGACACCGACACAGACUCUCUGAGUCAGGGUAGCUCUGUGGGCAGUUUGGGUCCAGAGGAAGACGAGGACAGGAACUCCCUAAAGAACCACUUUGAGAGUUUGGCCUCCACUCUGAGUGAAGAACGGUUUGAUACUGACCUGACCGCUCUGCAGCCAGCGGAGGAAAAACCUUUCCUCAACCCUCGACUCAGCAUCUCCACCCGCUUCCUGUCCCGCUUCCAGGACAGGCUCAGAGUCCGACCUGGCCGAGCUCCUGUCUCCUUCCCAGGCAGGAUCUCCGAGGAGAGCAGCAGAACGGUGAAAUCUGAGCCGAGCUGCACUGUCGAGUCUGCGGGUUCUACUCGGGCAGAAACCGGUGAUGGAGUGAGAGGUAAAGCAGUAGUCCAUAGGAGAGCUUCCUGUGGGAUAUCCCAUCAGCCCCAGCGGCGCCCACCCCGCAGACGACACACUGUGCUGGUGCUGCAGUGCAGGGAGACUUUGGGAGACAUCACCUCCAGGACUCAGACGGCCAACAGCAGCACAGAGUCUCCAGUCCCACAAGACGAGUCUCGCCUCACAUACCUGGACAUCUCCAUGAGCUCCAAACCCGGUUUGAUUCCCCCCGUCUCCUCCCAGGAGGAGAACAAGGAGAACCUGAGCUCCGCCUCAGACCCCCAGCCUCCACCCACCCCCUUGCAGUCUGAUGAUCCAGACCUCCUGAGCCAAAAAACCCUCAAGCCCCAGGAGCAGGGCAGCAGUCUGCAGAUACUGGCCACGCCCACUCUGAUGUCACAGUGUGGAGAAAGCAGAUGGAGCAUCAGCAGCCUUGAGGAGACACCGACGAAUCCAAACAGAACACUAAUCCAGAGUCCCGCCCCUUCAGUGCCACUCAGUGGUAGAAAGGUGAAGGAUCCAGCUGUUCAGAAGACCAGAUUCCAGACCGAUCCAGCUGAUUUAUCGUUCUUUGCUCCGCCAACUUCUUCCUCCUCUCCCCUGUCAGAGAAGCCCCACCCUCAGGCAGACGACACCUUUCAGACAGGUGAGGAAGAGGAGGUGGAGUCUAUCAGCUUGCGGCAGUGUCGACAGGUUGCCAACGAGCUGCAGGAGGCAACACAACGAGCUGUCCUUCUUUACUGGCAGCAGGUUGGCGGGUCUGAGCGCCGUCCAGAGAGCUCCUCCGUUCUGCAGGAGGCUUUCGCCAACGUUCACGGAGAGCUGCAGGCUGUGAUGCAACCAGCAUGCAGCGGCGUUCCCUCUGGUCAGAUGCAGGAUGACCAGACGAUGUCCCUGCUGGAGAAAUACUCGGAGCUUCUGGUCCAGAUGACUCUGAAUAAACUGAAUAAAAUCUGAACCAGAACCGACAUCGGUAUCGAGGCCGAUGAAGGACAAAACUCAGUCAGUCGACAGAAACUAUUAAACUAAAAGCACCUUAUUGUUUUACUGCCAGCAGUAUUUUUGGUCUUUUAAAUCACACUCACUGUUUUUAAUGAAAGCUUUUAGAUUUGUAAUAAAUGUUUUAGGUGUUUGAUCAA